AGCUGGAGAAGAAAAAACAAACAUAAACAUGGAAACCAUGAAGCUGUCUCCAGUUUAAAUCGCAGGUUGAUGUUCUGAGGCGUCGUUCACACUGAUUAUGACUGAGCAGAGUGAGAGCUCUUACUUCUCCCUCCUAUCUGUGCAGUCAGAUAAAGGCUGCAGCAUCAGUUGCUGCUGCCUCACUCAGCUCAUUCUGCCGGACCCCCGAACAGCUGCUGCUGGACCAACAACAGCCCAUCAGACCUCCAUCAGACCUCCAUCAGACCUCCAUCAGACCUCCAUCAGACCUCCAUCAGACCUCCAUCAGACACCCGCCUGUGCGCUCCGGCAGGCCGCAGGUGAACGGCUCCAGUGCGGCUGAGCGGCUCGGAGAUGCCGGUGCAGAUCCCGGACGACUCGGACUUCUCCUCGUUCAAAGAUCAGUGUCUGAGCGCGGACGGAUGGACGAGCCGCUACAACAAGGGAGGAGUGACGGUGUGGUGCCGAGACCAGGAGAGCAGCACGGUGCAGAAACUCAAGAUGAGGAUAGUGUGUAAAGACGUGAUGGCAGAGACGCUGUAUGACGUCCUCCAUGACACCAGCUACAGGAAGAAGUGGGACACCAACAUGAUCGACACGUACGACAUCGGCAGGCUGACCGUCAACGCAGACGUCGGAUAUUACUCCUGGAAAUGUCCAAGUCCUCUGAAGAACCGGGACUUUGUGACAAUGAGGUCAUGGCUUCCACUCGGCAACGACUUCCUGAUCAUCAACUACUCCGUCAAACAUCCGCAACAUCCUCCAAAGAAGGACUACGUUCGAGCCGUGUCUCUGCUCACUGGAUAUCUGAUCCAGUCCAAUGGCGCCGCCGGCUCCACCCUCUACUAUCUGACUCAGGUGGACCCUCGAGGUUCUUUACCAAAGUGGGUGGUGAACAGAGUCUCUCAGUUUGUGGCUCCAAAGGCCAUGAGGAAGAUCUACAAGGCGUCCCUGAAGUACCCGGAGUGGAAGCGGAAACACAACCCUUCCUUGAAGCCGUGGAUGUUUCCGGAGCAGAACACGCUGCCAUGCAUCAGCGUGUCGGAGCUGACACUGCAGCGCGCCGACUCCCUGGAGAACAUCGACGAGAGCAGCGUGAGCGAGGAGAAGACCAACCACAGCGACGACGAGGAGACCUAGAGCGUCUCUGGUUCCUCUGUCGGUUUGCUUGAUCAGAUGGACUGAAGCUGGAAACUGGAAACAUGCCUGAAUGUCUACAGCCACUCCUGUUCUGUUCUGUUUCUGUUAUUGGUUCUCGUUCUGUUUCUGCUUCUGUCUGCAGCCACUCAGGUUCUCUUCAGGAAUGUAGAAACUCUGGUUGCUGUUCUUGAUGCUAACUUCUCUCCUGCUGUGGAAUCCACCAUCAUGGAGGAUCCUCCAGCCAGCUUACUCAAAGUCUCAGAUUCUGUACAGUUCACUUAUUUGUUAUUUGGAACCCAAAACUAAGUUCUGUUAAAUAUUUUGGCUGAAUUUUGAGAAUUUCAUUUUUUUCAGGCUUGCGUUAUUUUUAAUGAUGUCAAACAAAAAGAAAAACAAACAGAACAUGAAGCCAUUUUUAAGGUUCUCCAGAAAUAACUCACACAGCCAUGAAACCUGGUGAGAACCCAGACAGAAUAGCUUCCAGCAGAUCCAGGUGAUUAAAUGGCUCAGCAGAGGACACAUUUUAAGUGGUUGCUACUUGACUAUGGAAGAAGUGCCAAAUUAUCAAAUGACAUUGGUAUUUGGGCCCCAGAAAGUUCCUGUAAGUGUGUAUAUAUGGAAGUAUCUCUGUUUCCUACUAAAACUACAGUCUUUGGUUGACAUUUCACCAAAUUCUGAUGCUCUAACAUCAGUAGAAUUUGAUAUAUGGCAAAUAUGGUCAACCAAACUUCAAUCAUUUUUUAUUAUUUUGACAAAAAUGGUGAUGUAGGAGACAACAACUGGUGUUUAUAUGUUGUUGUGAUUAUAUGUACGUUACAAGCUGCUUCCAUGAUGUCUUCAUGUUGAAAUUAAACGUGAUUCUUCAAAAAGCCUAAUCAGUUGGUGAAAUGUCACCCACAGACUCUAUUUUUAGUAGGAAAUAAUAAUGCAUCCAUAUAUAUACACUUACAGGAACUUUCCGGGGUCACAAUACCACCUUUUGUUUGAAAAUGUAGCACUUUUUUCCAGCUUCAACAGCCAAUAAUGAAAAUUGUGUCCUCUGCUGGAGCUGCUUAUCUGCUGUCUGUGUCCUCACCAAGUGUCAUGGCUGUGGAAAUUUUAUUUCUGAAAAUAUUGAACCCUUAACAUGACUUCCCAGGCAGCUACACUGCUGUCUCCCACAGCUGAUCCAGUUUAUUAAAUGCAGCUCGAGUAGACGAGGUUUCGGAGACGCAGCUGUGUCCGACUGCCACAUCUUUUAUCUAGUGAUCCAAAUGACGGGUGAAAUACCUGCAGUGGCUUUCUCAUUCGGCAGCUUCAUGUCCUCGCUUCUAAGACACCAGGAGUCAUUUUAACAUGAUGAAAGCACUGAAAACGUAUACUCUACCAGGUGUUUCCAGGUGUUCUGAAGACGCCUCUGCUCAGGCAAAUUAGCAAGCUGUCACCUCUGCACAACGAUCAGGACUACAUUCUGCUUCUUAAAUGGUGUUGCAAGAAGAAACAGUCAUUUUCCUUAUUGAUUUAUUAUUAAUCAAGUGGAAUCGAUUGAAUUCAUUGAUCCUCAGAAUAGCUGCUGAAUAAUUUUCUGACAAUCUCAUCAAACUAACUGAUUAAUGGGCUGCAGCCCAUUAAUCAGUAGAGGAAAUGUCAGAACAAGCUGUGUCAUGAAAACAAAGCUGCAGCGGGUAAUGAAUUGUCAGCUAUUAAAUUAAUCACCAAUUAAUCUGAUAAGGGAUUAAUCAGUUUAUUUUUAAAUUUAAAAUCUGUCUAAAUUCUGCGACUUCAGAUUCUUCAGUGUCAGUAUUUUCUGGUUUCCUUUCUUCUGUAUGACUCUAAACAGCAUCUCUGGGUUGUGGACAGAAGGUGGUUUUAACUGUCUUUUUAAUGUUGAAAUGAGGUCACCAUUGUGUUACAUGUGGAUGCUUGACACACUGUCUUAAGCUUCAUCAUCAUCCUGGUUUGGACAAAAAAAUAUUGUUUGAUUUGUUCGACCUGAGCAAUAAAACCACAUUAAAUCAGG